GAAACAUGUAGGCUUACCCGAUAUUUGAUGAGCGAAAAGCAACGUUGUCACUGUCAGCCCUGAACUGGCUUAAACGUGUCAACUUUUGAGGUUAAUUUCAUAGUGUGUUAACCCAGGAAACAUAAGGCAAGAUGGUAAUCAUGUAGUUCACUGAUGGCUGAAUUCUCCCCCAAAUUACCAGGAGCAGAUUCAGCCACUUACUUGCCACUUACCAGAAACAUCCACAUAUCCUGCUGAACAUGGUUUUACACUUUACGCUGUUGGCCUCAGAAACUCUUAUGCUGGGCAAAACUUACGUUUCGGAUGAACUGAAGGCAGCAGCAAUGGCAGAAGAUGACCUAGAACCUGACGACAACGUGGUCGAUGGAGAACCUUCUGCCAAAUACGCCUGUCCGGAGAAGGACUUCACUAAGAACUGCCAGAGCUACCAGAACUCUCCAGCUGCCGAAUUUUCCAGCCAUGAGAUGGACAGCGAGUCGCACAUCAGCGAAACCAGCGAUCGCAUGGCUGACUUUGAGAGCAGCUCCAUCAAGAAUGAGGAGGAGAGCAAAGAGGUCUCCAUCCAGUUGGAGGAGUCUGUUGUCUCGGACAGUUUGGAGCAGAUGAAAGCUGUCUACAAUAACUUCCUCUCCAACUCCUACUGGUCCAACCUGAACUUGAAUCUCCACCAGCCAACCUCUGAGAAGAACAACAGGAGUAGCAGCAGCAGCAGCAGCAGCAGCAGCAGCUGUGGGAGUGGCAGCUUUGACUGGCAUCAGACGGCCAUGGCAAAGACGCUGCAGCAGGUCUCGCAGAACAGGAUCCUUCCUGAGCCUAGCCUUUUUAGCACAGUCCAGUUGUAUAGACAAAGCAGCAAGCUUUAUGGCUCCAUAUUUACUGGGGCCAGUAAAUUUCGCUGUAAAGACUGCAGUGCUGCCUAUGACACAUUAGUGGAAUUAACGGUGCACAUGAAUGAAACGGGACAUUACCGGGAUGACAACCACGAAACAGAUAACAAUAACCCUAAAAGGUGGUCCAAGCCUCGUAAGCGCUCUUUGCUCGAAAUGGAAGGGAAAGAAGAUGCCCAGAAAGUCUUAAAGUGUAUGUACUGUGGCCAUUCAUUUGAGUCACUUCAAGACUUGAGUGUUCACAUGAUCAAAACAAAACAUUACCAAAAAGUGCCUCUGAAGGAACCCGUAACCCCUGUAGCAGCAAAAAUAAUCCCAGCCCCAAGAAAGAAAACAUCAUUGGAGCUAGAACUUCCAAGUUCUCCAGACUCCACUGGUGGGACACCAAAAGCAACAAUCUCUGAUGCCAGCGAUGCACUUCAAAAGAAUUCCAAUCCUUACAUCACACCGAAUAAUCGCUAUGGACACCAGAACGGUGCCAGCUAUGCUUGGCAUUUUGAAGCAAGGAAAUCUCAAAUUCUCAAGUGCAUGGAAUGUGGGAGUUCCCAUGAUACUUUGCAGGAGCUCACUGCCCACAUGAUGGUGACGGGACAUUUCAUUAAGGUCACCAACUCGGCCAUGAAGAAAGGGAAGCCUAUCAUAGAGGCUCCUGUCACGCCAACGAUCACGGCUUUGCUUGAUGAGAAAGUACAGUCCGUGCCCCUGGCAGCCACCACCUUCACGUCUCCUUCCAACACGCCCUCUAGCAUCUCCCCAAAAUUAAACAUGGAGGUAAAGAAAGAAGUUGAUAAGGACAGAAUCAUUGCUGAUGAGAAGAUGAAAGACAAGGAAAAAUCAAGUGAGGAUGAGGAAAAAUAUGAUAUCUCCUCAAAAUAUCAUUAUUUGACUGAAAAUGACUUGGAAGAGAGUCCCAAAGGGGGACUGGAUAUCUUGAAAUCUUUAGAAAACACAGUCACGUCGGCUAUUAACAAAGCCCAGAAUGGCACACCCAGCUGGGGUGGCUAUCCCAGUAUUCAUGCUGCCUAUCAGCUGCCCAACAUGAUGAAGUUGUCCCUAGGUUCAUCGGGAAAAAGUACUCCUUUGAAGCCGAUGUUUGCAAAUGCUGAAAUAGUAUCGCCAACGAAAAGCCAACCUUUGGUGUCCCCACCCAGCAGUCAGACGUCCCCUGUGCCAAAAACCAACUUCCACGCCAUGGAAGAGCUGGUCAAGAAAGUAACUGAGAAAGUGGCCAAAGUUGAAGAGAAAAUGAAGGAGCCCGAAGCAGGGAAGCUAUCUCCGAUGAAGAGAGCAACACCUUCGCCAUGUAGCAGUGAAGUCAGCGAGUCCCUCAAGAUGGACACUUCCAAUGACAUUGGGUUCAAAAGCCAACAGAAUAGCCCUGUUUCGCAGAGGGAGAGCUGCAAGGACAGCCCAACAGGAGAACCAGUGGAAAAUGGUAAGGAGCUUGUCAAGACCAUCACAAGUUCCUUGAGCAGCAGCACAGCUAUUAUCACCGACCACCCUCCAGAGCAGCCAUUUGUAAACCCAUUAAGUGCAUUGCAGUCUGUCAUGAAUAUUCAUCUUGGGAAGGCAGCUAAGCCUUCCUUGCCUGCCCUUGACCCAAUGAGCAUGCUUUUUAAAAUGAGCAACAGCCUAGCGGAAAAGGCAGCUGUGGCCACCCCACCUCUGCAGUCCAAGAAACCAGACCACUUAGACCGUUAUUUCUAUCACGUCAACAAUGACCAGCCCAUAGAUUUGACGAAAGGGAAGAGUGACAAAAGCUGCUCUUUGGGUUCAGCGCUUUUGUCAUCCACAUCGGUGUCUUCAGCAUCCUCUUCAUCUACAGUGACAACAGCAAAGACAUCUGCGGUUGUGUCAUUCAUGUCAAACUCGCCGCUACGCGAGAAUGCCUUGUCAGAUAUCUCUGAUAUGCUGAAGAACCUGACAGAAAGUCACACAUCAAAAUCCUCCACGCCUUCCAGCAUCUCUGAGAAAUCUGACAUUGAUGGGACUACAAUAGAGGAACCGGAAGAGGCGACCCCGGCUCAGAAGAGGAAGGGGCGCCAGUCCAACUGGAACCCUCAGCAUUUGCUCAUUCUUCAGGCACAGUUUGCAGCCAGCUUGCGGCAGACAUCGGAGGGGAAAUACAUCAUGUCGGACUUGAGCCCUCAGGAGAGGAUGCACAUUUCCAGGUUUACAGGCCUCUCAAUGACCACUAUUAGCCACUGGCUGGCCAAUGUGAAAUACCAGCUCCGAAGGACAGGGGGGACAAAGUUCCUUAAAAAUUUGGACACUGGACACCCAGUGUUCUUUUGCAAUGACUGUGCUUCCCAAAUCAGAACUCCUUCGACGUACAUCAGUCACCUUGAAUCGCAUCUAGGUUUUAGGCUACGAGACUUGUCCAAACUGUCCAGUGAGCAGAUUAACAAUCAGAUAGCACAAACAAAGCCGUCCUCCGAGAAACUGUUGGCACCUUCGCCGGAGGAAGAAAUAGGGACCUCCUACCAGUGUAAACUUUGCAACAGGACUUUUGCAAGCAAGCAUGCCGUUAAGCUCCAUCUCAGUAAAACACAUGGGAAGUCUCCAGAGGACCAUCUUCUCUAUGUGUGUGAAUUAGAAAAGCAGUAGCAUUUGCUUUUGACACACACCCAAACCACAACGACAAUUGUACUUGGCUUUGAGGAAAACUGUCCAAAAAAAAGAAACAAAACCGCCUUAAAGCUCCCCUUUUAGUUUCUGUUCUUGGCACAUAAUUUUUACUUUAACUCUGGGGUGUCACUCUUGGCCUGAACGACUUCUCUCUUUCGUUGUAUAACUGUACAGUGUUUUAUAGAGGUGCAUAAUCAGCUGUUGUUACUGGUAAAAUAUGAAGGUUAAAACGCAGUGGUAAGUGUUUGGAACUUUGUGUAAAUUGGGGUUUAGUUGCUGUGCAUCCCUCCGAUGCCUUGAGCUGCAUGCAUUAACAAGACAGUUUAAUUAAGCAUUUAUUAACUAAUUCUAGUGCACUUUUUCCAUGGUGAUUCAAGUGUGCUGGUCGUUCUCACCCUGUAAAUUUUUAGCCCUCUGAGUACUUUGAAGCACUUUUGCAUUAAUUUGGUUUUUAAAAAUAAUAAUAACUAUUAUUAUAUUAA